GAAGAGGUGAGCAGACUCCUGGAGACCAGCUGUAAUCUCGGUUAUUUCCCUACCUGACUCAGAGAGACGUCACCUUGAGCCAUGAGAUUCAGCCUGCUUUUUUUCCUCCUGCUCCUCAGUGUCCUUUACCUCAGCCUGGCACAAGGCUCGUAUGAAGACUGCUGCCUAACCUAUGUACAGGAGGUGAAAUUGUACGCCAAGAAAAGAGUGGUGAGUUACAGACGACAGGAGCAGGAUGGAGGAUGUAAUCUUCGUGCGAUAGUGUUCAAGCUGAGGCGAGGUCGGCAGUUUUGCGCUAGACCAGAGGAGAAAUGGGUGCAGGACCUGAUUAAACAGAUUGACAAAGCCCUUCACCUGACGAAACCAAAUCCACCAAAAAGAGGCAGUAAACAUGGUAAACACCGGCACUGAGAACCUAAAAGCUCUAAGAAGAUGCCUGUGUCCAGUUUGUGAUCCAAGCAUCGUGGUGCCUCCCACAGUCUUAGAUGAGCUUUUGUGUGCUGGCUACCCCACGUCCAUUUCAGCCAGGAGGCAAUGGUCUUUUCAGUACUUCCUGUAUGUUGCUGCUAUUACCACCCUAUACUUAUCUUCCAUAAUGGUUUUUUCCAUUGUCUAUGGCUCGGUGCACAGGUCCGGCCAUGCAUGUGCAAGCAAGAAGGAUAUAUGACCUAGUUACUGAAUGAUAAAAAGCAUCUAUAAAUGCUAUUUUUAUGGCUAGUGCUUUCACAAGAGUUUUGCAAUCUAAGCAAAUAUUCUGCCAUUUCCUUAUAAGAUUAUAGAGUGUGUCUCACUUAAAGUAGCCGCCGAACUUAUGUGUAUAUUGCGUAUUGUGUGAUGUGUAAAUAAACAAUCUACUUUUAUUCAUUUCAUACAGUUUAAAUUACUUUAAAGGUAUUUUUGCCCAUGAUCAGUUAUGUAAUGCUUUACAAUUUGUUUAAUUUUCAAAGAUUAUCUAUGGAAACGAGCUACUUCACGGUAAUAAAGUAAAAAGGAAAUUACUUUUCACUGUUUUAACUUACCUUUUGGAGUUUCUAAAACAGUUUGAUUGUCACAUUUAUUAUUUUCUUUUACUUUCACUUUUAACAAUCUUUUGAAUCUCUUUGAACCUUUUGAAAACUUUUUUUAUCGCAACAAUAAUGCUGUAAAUGUUUGACUAUUGCUCUGUCACCUUCAAUUUGAUAUGAGAUAUUCUUUUGUGGCUAUAACUGCUGCUCAUCUGAUAAAGCAUUUUAUUAUUGCUAGUCAGUAAUUGUAAUCAUAUUACUAUCAGAGUGUGACUACUUUUUGUUGACAUAUGUCGUGUGGUUGAAGAAAUAUAUCUUAGACGUGUUAGCUCUUUACCAGCCUUUUUAUGAAUUCUUGAGAGAGGCUAAGAGUAUAGAUCCACUGCAUGUAUAUAAUAUAUUGCACUGUGCUAUAUCAUCUCAUUACUGAAAAUGUGAUGUUUAAAGUGAUGAUUAAAUAAAUAGCUAAAUGUACAAGCUUAGGUGAUUAUGGUUCUGUCUGAUUCUGAGAUGUUACACUAAUGAAUUGAUUAUCACCAAGGCUUACAGUAUGUGCGAGCGGAAAAGAAAGUGUAUCUUAACUGCAUGUGUGGUGUGACUCAACAUGUUGACUUAUAUGUCCUAAACAGCAGUAAAUAAAAAUAUAUCUCAAAGUC